ACUCGGUGUCUCAUUCCAACACGGUCAAGCCUGCCGGCAGAGUUCCUGUUCUACAGCUUCACUUCUAUCAUUUAAUUUGAAAACUUGAAACGGAAUUUACAUUUAUAUAAAACUUCGUUUUAUUUAUUUAAAGUAAACGCAAUCGUCUAGCUCACUUCACAGGUAAACGUUGGCUCAAGGUCGUCAUUUUUGUACAGAAAAGGAAUUUCACGUAACAGCAUAGCCGGUCGUGCUAACAAAGAAAAUCCUUUACCUUCAGAAAUAAUCCCCCAUUACUCUCUUUAGUUAUGAGUCAUGUGGUCGUUGAUAAUCCACACGGUCUAGAUCAGCAGCUUUCUGCCCUAGACUUAAACUCUGCUGACGGACAAGGCGGAGGAACUGGUAGGCGUUACAUUCCACCUCACUUGAGGAACAGAGAUGCACCUAAAAACGAUGCUGGAUGGGACGGUGGACGAAGCAAUGGAUUUGUGAAUGGUUACCACGACAAUCGCACAAAUGGGGGCUUUGGCGGGCGGGGACCCCCACGCAAUGAUAGAGGUGGGCGUGGCGCCUACCGUGGUAACAGGGGUGGAGGUCCGUUUAAUCAACCAUUGCAAAAUGCAGGGUUUGGCGGGGAAGGUGGCGGUGGCGGCGGCGGCGGUAACUGGGCAGGAGCCCCUCGUGAUGCUGCCUACAACAGCUUUGGAGGACGUAACGAUAGGUCAAAGUCUACCUUCUUCAAUGACCGUGGCUCCAGCUCCAGGGGAAGAUAUGAGCGUGGGGGCUUUUCUGGUGGCGGAAACAACCGGUGGGGAGACGAAUCCAGAGAUGAGGAUUGGUCCAAGCCCACUGCGCCCAACGAUCGGCAGGAACAGGAGCUUUUUGCUGCAAGCAACACUGGGAUAAACUUUGAGAAAUAUGAUGAUAUUCCAGUGGAGGCCACUGGAAGCAACUGCCCGCCCCACAUUGACAGCUUCCACGACGUGGACAUGGGGGAGAUCAUCAUGGGCAACAUCAACCUGACUCGCUACACGUGUCCCACCCCGGUUCAGAAGCACGCCAUCCCCAUCAUCAAGUCAAAGAGAGACCUCAUGGCUUGUGCCCAGACUGGAUCCGGAAAGACUGCAGCUUUCUUGCUGCCUGUGCUGAGUCAAAUUUACAGCGACGGGCCCGGAGAGGCUGCGCAGGCCGCCAAGAAUGGACAGGAUAGUGGGAGGUAUGGCCGCCGUAAGCAGUACCCGCUCUCCCUGGUUCUGGCUCCCACCAGAGAGCUGGCCCUUCAGAUCUACGAUGAGGCGCGAAAGUUUGCCUAUCGCUCCCGCCUGCGUCCCUGCGUGGUGUAUGGCGGCGCUGACAUUGGCCAGCAGAUCAGGGAGCUGGAAAGAGGCUGUCACCUGCUGGUGGCCACACCUGGACGCCUGGUUGAUAUGAUGGAGAGGGGCAAGAUCGGUCUGGACUAUUGCAACUACUUGAUCCUGGAUGAGGCUGACCGCAUGUUGGACAUGGGUUUCGAGCCACAGAUCAGACGCAUUGUGGAGCAGGAUACGAUGCCCCCUAAAGGCGUCCGCCAGACCAUGAUGUUCAGUGCCACCUUCCCCAAGGAGAUCCAGAUCCUCGCACGUGACUUCCUGGAGGACUACAUUUUCCUGGCGGUGGGCCGUGUUGGUUCUACUUCAGAAAACAUCACCCAAAAGGUGGUGUGGGUCGAAGAUGGAGACAAGAGGUCCUUCCUCCUUGAUCUGCUCAAUGCCACAGGCAAAGAAUCUCUCACCUUAGUGUUUGUGGAAACCAAGAAAGGAGCAGAUGCACUGGAAGACUUCCUCUACCACGAGGGUUACGCCUGCACCAGCAUCCACGGAGAUCGAUCCCAGAGAGACCGAGAGGAAGCUCUGCAUCAGUUCCGGUCUGGACGCUGCCCCAUCUUGGUGGCCACAGCUGUGGCUGCCAGAGGUCUGGACAUCAGCAAUGUGAAGCAUGUCAUCAACUUUGACUUGCCCAGUGACAUUGAGGAAUACGUUCACCGUAUUGGCCGUACGGGACGUGUGGGAAACCUGGGUCUGGCCACGUCGUUUUUUAACGACAAAAACAGCAACAUAACCAAAGAUCUGCUGGACAUUUUGGUGGAGGCAAAGCAGGAGGUUCCCUCCUGGCUUGAGAGCCUGGCCUACGAGCACCAGCACAAGAGCACCACCCGCGGGCGCUCCGGGAAGAGGUUCUCUGGUGGUUUCGGAGCGAGAGAUUACCGUCAGACGCCGGGCGGCGGCCCUGGGAACUUCACCAGCAGCCGCGGCAGUGGGCGCAGCGCUGGAGGUCAUGGAGGAAGCCGGGGCUUUGGUGGUGGCGGCGGCGGUGGAGGAGGUGGCUUUGGCGGCAACUUCUACAGCAACGACGGCUACGGAGGAAAUUACAGCCACUCUGGUAGUGUGGAUUGGUGGGGCAACUAGUCGCCAUAGGAUCCGGUUGCCAUGCCAACCCAAGGGAAACCACAUGUUAACUUAAGCCAGACCAUAACAACCCUCCCUGUGUAGCUUCAAUGACACACAGUACAUUACCAACCCUGGUUCUCUGCCAUUCGCUUCUCUCAAAAAGGAAGUGCAGCACCACGCAAAGGAAAAGUCACCAGCACGUGCAACGCACCGGAGAACGCAGAGAUUCGCACACCUCAGAGUGAGCAUGGAUGCUGACAUGCAUUGUCCGAUAGCAACUUCGGGCUUUCAUUAAAAGUAUUUUCUGUUCUUUUUGUGGAAAAAACAAAGGAUACAAUCGAAAUAACCUGAGGAUCAUUUGUAUGUUAAUGUACUGUGCCUUUGGAAUUUAGACAGGAAAUCUAUGUUUUCAUUUCACCAGAUGAACAUGGCCACGAGCUCUAAAUUUGAUUUUAUUUGUUUGGUGAAAAAUAUUAGAAAGGUAAAAUAAGCUUGGACUUACUCAAACCUUGGCAAACACUGGGGUAUUGUGGCGCUGAGUCAUGAUUCCAUUUGAACUUCAAAUUUAUCGCAGGAACAUCAUGUAGCCUUUUCUAUAGACAAACAGCUAAUGGAGCGAUUACUAUGUCUAACACCAACUGGGCCACUCCGUGAGGCAACCGUAUUUUAAUCCUGAAGGACGAAGUUACACUUGUUUUUCUUUCGCUCACUCUAUCCUGGACGGGCUCCUUUUUAUGGAUAUGAUAGUCUUUGAAAUAGCCAUUCCUAUUGUAAUCUUAAGAAACACAUAAGUCAUUAAGCUCAGUGCCAACGAUCGCUGAGGUUUAAACCAGAAUAAUCACUGCUACAACUUGUUACUCCACUUUUAAAUUGACUUGACAGUGUUACGGCAGCUGGUACGUUAGCAUGUGCUGGCGCCGUUAAGUGGGCGGCGUUUUUUGUUUCUUUUUACGAGAGAGAUUUUUGGUGCCGGUGUGCGGAAUUGAAAAGCUGAGUCAGUUUUUUUGAUUUUUUUUCUUUUUUUUUUCCGGAUUGUUUCUCUACAAAUAUGUAUCAAAACAAAAAAUGCCUGCCAUCUUUAGAGUGAAGUUGUAGAUGGCUGCAUAAAGGACCACAGCAAUCGGGAGGGCGCUGCGUGGUGUUAGUGUUUUACCCAAUCGACCGGCAACCACAAGGCCCACAUGGUAUUCCACGCUUGCAGGUGUUUUGUUUUUUGGUCAAGGAGGAAAGGACACGCGAACUGAGUCGCAGGCUUAACUUAAUUACAGGCGUUUUCUCUUUUUCAAGCUGCGUUGGAGGCAUUGUUCAUCUUAAAA